AUGGAGCUGGACCCCACCAUCGUCAGUGAAGAGGCCGGAAAGCUGUAUUCGGAGCUACAGGCUGUCAUUGAGCUGCAUGGAGAGGGUGUGGUGGAGUCCCUGGUCCCCAUUUUUGUUUGGGUUUUGGAGAGUUUGGCCAACUGCAAAUCUCAGCUCUGCGACCAAGAGGAGGAUGCCAAUCGAGAGAAGGCAGAGAAGGAGGAUCUUCUUGAGCGAUAUCAAACUGAGAAAACACUACGAAAAGAAAGCCAAGAGAGAUAUCUGGAGCUGGAUGAUCACAUGGAACAGGAGCGCAGAGCCAUGAGGCUGAGAGAGAGGGAGCGAGAGAGGAGAGAAAAGCAGAUGGAGAACAAGGCGAGGGAGCAAGCCGACCAGUUGGUAGCAUUGGAGGAACAAAAGGCACAUCUCUGUAGAGAACUAAGCGCACUACGGCACUCUCACACCAAACUAACAUGCACAUAUCGGGAAAUGCUGGACAAGAGGAAAGAGUCUGAACGGGAGUCUCCAUUAAGAAAUCACAUACACCCAAAGAAUUCUGAGAAAACUACCCUCAAGGAGUCAAGUCACAAUGAUAAGCUUAUUCGGCGGCCGCACUCGCAAUCCGGUCCACCCACGUUAGAAGAUGUGAAGCCCGGAUCAGACCGGAGCCACAUGUACGUCACAGCGAAACAUGAUGCAGAGGAGUUCAUCAACGACAUCAUCACCUCCACUCCAGAACUGGCACGAUUCCAUGGAGGCGGCCAGUCCGGGAUCUGCCUCUCCAUCAGUGAAGAAGAAGAAAAAGCAGACGACAGAUUUGAAGCCAGUUUGGAAGAUGAGAUCAGGAAAGAACAGGAGCAAAGAGACGAGAGCGAUCCCAAAGAGCAGCAGCCGUCGAGAGGCAAUGAGGAGGAUUCUGAGGAGGACGAGCUGGAGUUUGAGCUGCGCAACACAGACUCUGUUUUCUCGGAGCUGUCGGAGCUGAGCCGCGACUAUCUGGAGAGUGUGGACCAAGGAGCGAGCGUCAGAGGAGAAAAAGACCAGUUUGAAGAGAUUCUUUUGAAAUAUGAGGAUUUAAAAAUCAGCUUUGAGCAGGUGGACGCUGCUCGGAAAUCUUUGAUCUCUCGAGUGGCGGAGUUGACCGAUGACCGCUCCUCUCUGCAACUGGAACUGGGCUCUCUUCAGGAAACAGUGACGCGUUUAGACAAUCGACUGAAAGAAAAAGAAGAAGAAAUCAAAAGACUUAAAGCUGACCUGGAUACUUUCCGUUCUACAGAUUCAGAUUCCACAUCUGUGCGUCACUUCUCACGAUCAGAAAUGGCCCGAGUCGUCAUGGAGAAAAACCAGUACAAGCAGCGUUUGGUUGAGCUGCAGGAAGCCAUGAGGCAUAGUCAAACUGUCAGAUCUUCGAGAGAGGAGAGAAUAACAAGCGAUAAAAGUGCAAGCGUUUGGAGAAAGUUCAAUCGCUUAUUUGGCAUCUCCAAAGAACCCUUAAUCCCACCUACAUCCUUUGUGUAUCCUAAAGCAAACUCCGCCUAUCCCUCUCCACAAAAGCGCACAACCACAAGUCCUGUCCAGAAAGAGUCGACAUUGCAAGCGUCAUUGCCACGAGUUAGACGGCGGGAGCAAUACAAGGAAAUCCGGACACACGUUUGGGGAAAACUGGGAAAACGCCAGAUUCACGGCUGGAGUGUUCCUCUGGCAAACACUCAGGAAUCACAAGAGCCUGUCCCUGAGCCCAAAGAUCUCCCUGUUUUAGUAAAGCUUAGACUUCUUGAUCAGCGGGAUUCUACUGCAAAGCUGAAGUGUGCAGUUGCUGUUCCACCUGAAGUCUCGGGAGAAGCUUCUUGCUCUGUGUGGCUCGUGUCUGGUCCAGCCUCCAGCAGUGAGAUCACAGUGAUUGACCCAGCUCGGCCCAACACAGUCCUGGACCAGUUCACACUCCCUCCCACGUCUCCUGCCCUCUGCAUCUGCGCUGUGCCCCCUACAGGUGACAAUCAAGGAACUGUCUGGAUUGGAACUCAGGAGGGAAGUGUCCUGAUACACUCAGCAUCGACCAGCAGGAGGCACUGUCUACAAUCUCUUUCAUUUUCUGAAGCUGUACAUUCACUAACGUUUACACAGAAUCAAGUCAUUGCAGGUUUAGCUGAUGGCUCUUUAGCAUUUUUUUCACCCACACUUGGUGGAUGGGACCUUUCAUCUCAUGCAGUGAUGUCUCUUGGAGCAACUCCUCUGCAGCCUAUCAGAUGUUGCCUUGCAAAAGCUGGUCGCAUGUGGGUGGGAUACUGGAAUAAAGUCCAUGUGGUUGACAUUGACAACAGAAAAACUGAGCACGUCUUCUCGGUGUCUGAGCGCAGUGAGCAGCAGGUGCGGUUCCUUCGUGCUGGAGGCAGUGGUGUGUGGACGGCCUGCAGACUCGACCCGAUCCUCCGGCUUUACGACUGGAGCUCCGGGCGACCGCUGCAAGAAGUGGACUUUUCUGCCUUGGUCCUGAAAACUCUAGGCCCCUCCUUCCUCACACUAUCGCCUCUUCAGAUCUCCUCCCUGUCCAUCAUUUGUGGUCGGCUCUGGGUUGGGACAGGAGGUGGCGCUGUAAUCUCCAUACCGUUAUCUAUUACAUCAGAAGCCAUUUCUAUUCCAUACUGCUCUAUUGCAGCCGCACAGUUGUGUUACCAUGGGCACAGACAAGCCGUGAGGUUUAUCAUCCCUGCUCCAUCUUGUUUGAUGACCACAGCUGACAACAGUGCAGUCUCUUCAUCUCAGUUGGUUAUUAGCGGUGGUGAAGGAUACGUCAACUUCAGGAUCGGUGAUGAUGCAAGCGAGGACUCUGAUGAGGUGAUCCAGAGCUCACCCCAGCGGUUUGAACGCAGUCACUUGAUCCUCUGGCAGAUCCCCUCUGGGCCUACUCCUGCCCUCUGA